AUGGCUGUUUGGGAAGGGGAGGAGGAACCAAAGAGCACUGGAUUGAACAGUUGCAUGACGCACUCUCAAACACCAACGGAGAUGCUGCAUGAAUCAUGCACCGGGAGAGAGCAUGUGAAAGUGUCUGACAGCAGAACUACCCAGUCAGGCCAGAAAGUGGCAAGCAAAUCAGGGUAUGUCUCCAGUCAAAAAACUGGUGGCAGCCAACAAUGA